UGUCCACUCACACUUUGAGCAGUCAGGCACCUCCUAGUCCUUUUUCCUCCCCCUGUUCUUGCAGAAGAUGGAUCACAUGUCUCCCAAGCUGAGAGCCUUCCUCUCGGAACCCAUUGGAGAAAAGGACGUUGGCUGGGUGGAUGGGGUCAGCCAUGAACUUGCAAUCAAUUUGGUCACCAAAGGUUUCAGCAAGGCCUACAUCCUGCUGGGACAGUUCCUUCUGAUGCACAAGAACGAGGCCGAGUUUCAGAGGUGGCUCAUUUGCUGUUGCGGUGCCACUGAGUGUGAGGCCCAGGAGAGUUCUAAUUGUCUGAAGGAGUGGUGUGCCUGCUUCCUGUAGACAUAACCCUCACAGCUUCUGUCAGGAUAAAUGAUGUGUCCUUUACACUAGACCCAGGCUUGGAGUUUUUACUAGUUGUCAUGUUUAAUUAAUUUUAUUUUAAUGAUACAUGCUCAUUAUAAAAAGUAGCUUAAGAAUGUCAAAAAGUACAAAUGCAAGAAAAAUUACCCCAAAUUCCACCACCCAGAAACCACUGUCAUUCACCUUAGGUGAAUAUCAUACGAAUAUAUCUCAGCAUAAAUUUAUA